GCAGGACAAUUCCCCCUUAUUGUUGUGUGGAUCUUUAUUCCUUGAGGACAGGAGAGAUGGUCAAGUCCAUACAGUUUAAAACGCCCAUCUAUGAUCUGCAUUGCAACAAAAGGAUCCUCGUCGUUAGUCUUCAAGAAAAGAUCGCUGCAUUUGACAGCUGCACCUUUAUGAAAAAGUUCUUUGUCACAAGCUGCUACCCCUGUCCUGGGCCCAACCUAAACCCCAUAGCUCUGGGAAGCCGGUGGUUGGCCUAUGCUGAGAACAAGCUGAUCCGGUGUCAUCAGUCCCGUGGUGGGGCCUGUGGAGAUAAUGCCCAGUCCUACACUGCCACUGUCAUCAGUGCUGCUAAAACGUUGAAGACGGGCCUGACCAUGGUGGGGAAAGUCGUGACCCAGCUCGCUGGUACACUGCCAUCAGGGGCACCCGACGAAGAGGCCACUGCCCAUAGCGGUACCCGCCGCAGCCCUCACCAGCCUGGUGUGGUCACCAUCAUAGACACACACACUGUGGGAGAAGGACAGGUUCUUGUUAGUGAGGAUUCUGAUGGAGAAGGAGUGAUUGCGCAUUUUCCAGCACAUGAUAAGCCUAUAUCCUGCAUGGCAUUUAAUCCGAGUGGUAUGUUACUAGUGACUGCAGACACCCUUGGCCACGACUUCCACGUUUUCCAAAUCUUGACUCACCCAUGGGCGUCUUCCCAGAGUGCAGUUCAUCAUCUAUACACACUUCAUAGAGGAGAGACUGAGGCUAAGGUGCAGGACAUCUGCUUCAGCCAUGACUGCCGCUGGGUGGUGAUUAGUACUCUUCGAGGUACAUCUCAUGUCUUUCCCAUCAAUCCGUACGGUGGAGCACCAUGUGCACGCACACACGUGUCUCCACGUGUGGUGAAUCGCAUGAGCCGUUUCCAGAAGAGUGCCGGACUAGAGGAGAUUGAGCAAGAACUGAGCAGCAAACAGGGCGGCCGAUGUAGCCCUAUUCCUGGCCUUUCUAGUAGCCCAUCUGGAUCACCACUACAUGCCAAACUCACCAGUCAAGAAUCCUAUAACAACUUCACUAACAACAACAUGGGUAACCCACGCCUGUCUCCAUUACCCAGUUUGACGGUCGUGCUUCCACUGGCUCAAAUCAAGCAGCCGAUGACCUUGGGCACCAUCACCAAGCGCUCUGGCAAAUCCAAGCCACCUCCCCAGAUCUCUCCCAGUAAGUCCAGCGGUGGGGAGUUCUGCGUGGCUGCAGUCUUCGCCUCCUCCCGCUCUUGGUUCAUCACCAACCCCAACAUGAAGAGAGAGAAAGAUCAGUCUCGCCAGGCUGUUGUUGAAUCGCUGUACAUCCUGAGUUGCUAUGGAAACCUGGUGGAGCACGUGCUGGAGCCUCGUCCAAUCAGCACGGCGCAAAAGAUAGGCGACGACACGCCUCUGGAGUUGAACACCUGUCCGAGAGCCUGUUGGAAUCUAGCCAGGACACUGCAGUGGAAUGAGCUACAACCACCUUUCAACAGCAGCCACCCCUUGGUGCUUGCCUCAGACUUUGUGCAGUACUAUCAAUACCUCCUGGCUGGAUUGGCUCCUCCUGGCAGCCCUGGCCCCAUUACCCGGCAUGAGUCUUAUGACAGUUUGGCAUCCGAUCACAGUGGCCAGGAGGACGAAGAAUGGCUCUCACAGGUGGAAAUUGUGACCCACACCGGCCCUCACAGGAGACUCUGGAUGGGCCCUCAGUUUCAGUUCAAGACCAUCCAUCCGUCGGGUCAGACCACUGUUAUCUCCUCCAGUUCCUCUGUACUACAGUCACAGGGGCCCAGCGACACCCAGCAGCCUCUUCUUGAUUUCGACACAGAUGACCUGGACUUGCACAGCCUCAGAAUCCAGCCGGUGCGUUCAGAACCCGUUAGCAUGCCUGGCUCGUCUCGCCUGGUGGCCGACCGUAGAGGCCAGUCUACAGUCAUAGAUACCGGCUCAGGCAUGUUUGACCGCAGCGUCACCCUGCUGGAGGUGUGUGGCAGCUGGCCUGAGAGUUUCGGACUGCGUCACAUGUCCUCUGUGGAAGCCACGGAAGAGGGCCUGAAGGAGAGGCUGGCAGAUGCAAUGUCAGAGUCGCCCAGCAGAGACAUUGUGGGCUCUGGGACAGCAGAGCUGCAGAGGGAGGGAAGCAUCGAGACGCUCAGCAAUAGUUCUGGCUCCACCAGUGGCAGCAUUCCCCGAAACUUCGAGGGCUACCGGUCCCCUCUCCCCACCAAUGAGAGCCAGCCCCUCAGCCUCUACCCCACCGCUUUCCCCUAAAACCAGCCGUCCCGCCCACAUCUCAGACCCAAGGAAACCUCUCUGUCGCCUUUGGACAAUCUUGACAGUACAACCACAACACAUCACCCACGAGAGAGGCCACGCUCUCACCCUGCAUCCUGCUCUCCUAUAUCAUUUCUCUCUUCUUUGAAAUGUGGAUUUUCCUUUAAUCAAACUCGGCAUGCAGGAAAACAAUGUUCAAUCAGGCCCGGUGUUAACAUCCUUCGUCAUUCACUUCCCUUGUAGAUUCAUUUUAAUGUUGCCUCCACCUGAGAGAGAGAGAGAGAGAGAGAGAGGGAGAGAGCGCGCGCGAAUAUUAACUAUGAUGGGUCGGACGUACUGUAGAAGGGAUCCAUUGGAGUUGCCACUUUUCUCAAAGAUGUGUCAUAUUACCAAUAUCAUUAUCAAUCGAACUUCCAGUACGUAUCUUUAUUGAACGCAUGUGCGUGAGUGAGAGUGUGUCUUCAUCAAAUACGAGUCCUGAUUACCUCUCAGUAGUUGAGUUUAGGUUUGAGCUUAGAGAGCGCUAUGCUGAUUUUUUUUUUUCUUCCGAUCAACACAUCAUUAGACAAAUAGUGUUUGAUAUAUUUUAGUAAACAUGUACUAUAACAUUUGAAUUGAUUUGACUUUUAUAGGUAAUCAAACAUGGUUAUGUUUACCAUUUAAUCUUGUGUUACAUUAUAGUGUUCAUUAUU